AUGUCAGAUGACAGCAAGAGCGUGAAAUGGGAGGAUCCCCCGGAUGACCAAAAUAAGGUUGUGGGGAAUAUGAAGGAUGAAACAGGGACACAUGAGACCAACAAGAACAGGACAGGAGGCAAGGCUAAACGUAAGUCCAGUGGCCGUGCCAAGAAGACUUCCGUGGAGGAGGACAGCAGCAUAGGUGCAGAGUCUUCUCAGACACCCGGGUGUGGUUUCCGGGAAAGGGGAUCUAUCAUUGAGCAGCUGGAGAAGGAGGCUCAGAGGACUCUAAUGCCUUCUCUCAAGAUUGAGACAUGCUGUGCCCCAAUCCUCCUCUCCUUCCUGAGGAGUCUAACUGAUGACCAAUGGAGAGUGAUUCAGCAUGGCAUGAAAAAUAACCUCACAUUCGAGCAGCUCUCCAUGCUGUGUCUGAAGAUUGUUAAAGUCGUGACCCAGACAGCCCUCCGCAUUCUCCUACCAGCGCUAGCUCGUAUCAUGGGGGUGAACCUGAGGUGUGGGGCAACCUCCCCAGAAUCCCAGUGCUCUCUGACAGGGUCUGAGGAUUCCUUAGGCAGUGUGGAUGAGAGAGAGAAAAGGCUGCUGAUCAGUGAGAUGAACUACUGGACUAAGGAGAGGAGGAGGAAUGGCAGUGCAGGCGGCCAUUCAGGCCAGCCCGGGGUGUUGCCCCCCUAUGGACAGUCAGGUUGCCCCCCUAUGGACAGUCAGGACAUAGCAGCAGGCAAGGAGGUCAUUCGGGUAGCCUCGAUGCAGAUCCUGGGUGAGCUACAGAGCCAAACGUCUGAGCCAGAGUGGGUAGGGUUUAUCGAGCCCCUCAUGGACCCUGUGACCGAUGAUGUGCUGGAUGCCAUUGUCGGCACAAUGGACAAAAUGGCACAGGACUUCAACAUCCUAUUGGAUCUGGCCAAGAGAUGA